UGUGCCUGCCAUUGCAGAAGAAGAGGAGAGAGCGAGACAAGAAGAGGAGGACCAGCGUGGAGGGAAAUCAUAGCUGUAAUUCACCUCGAAAGUGAAAGCGUGCUGAGGUAUAAAUUCCAGACACCCAUAGUUCUCAGAUACAGAGAAGAAGGAACGUUAGAGAUGGAUCCUGUCCAGCUCAAAGAAGCUAUCCUCAGCUACAGCCUGGAUAAUGGGCCUCAUGGUAAUCAGGGCUACUCCCGGGUUCUCCUGCAGCUCUUUGGUUUCACCGGUCACGGGAAGUCCUCCUUCAUCAACUCCUGUAAGUACGUGCUGGAUGACAGUGAUACAUACACAAAAUACGCUGUGGCUGGAGAAAGAUCAGACGGAGGAGCCAUGACAAUGGAGAGAAAAUCCUACGAGCUGACCGAGAACAUCUCCAUAGUGGACAACAGAGGGUAUUCCAGGAAUAACAGCCUUGAGAGAGCAGAGAUCUACGCCCAACUGGGAAACUUCAUCCCCAUCGGUGAGAAGGUGGAGUGGAUGGAUAACUACACAGAUAUGAUGAACCGGCUGCAAGAUGCUGAACUGAACCCCAACUACUCCGACUUCAUCGUCCCCAUCCUAGUACACAGCGCUUCAUCUAUGUUUACUGACAGUGAAAGAAAAGAAGUGCAAACAUUUAUGAAAAACUGUGUGCAGAUGACAGGAGUCGCCCCCAUCGUUGUCAUCACCAAAAAGGAGAGCGGAAAUUUCAUUGAACUUGAGAAUAAGUUCAGGCAGAUGACAGCCGAUGAUGUUAUAGCGAUAGAGAACUACACCGAGAAAGACCAGAUCAAAACCCUGCGGAGAACCAAGGACAUCCUGACCAUCCUUAAGAUAGCCCUGGACGGAGUCAGAUACCGGCUGACAAAAGGAAGAGACGCCCGGAAAGAAUGGGUGGAAAGAAAGAAGUUCAUGCUGGACUUCAUACAUAACGCUGACCAGGAGAAGAGAGAGGCAGAACGGAGAAGAGAGGAAGAACGGGAAAGAGAGGCAGAACGGAAAAGAGAGGCAGAACGGGAAAGAGAGGCAGAACGGAGAAGAGCGGAAGAAUGGAGAAGAGAGGAAGAACGGAUAAGAGCGGAAGAACGGAAAAAACGUUCGUUUUGGCCAUGGAACCGGUAGAAAUAUUUCUGGCAAAAGUGGAGCGCACAGGGCCCGACGCCUUAGAAGCAGCGCUAUCUUCAUACGACUACAUGAAUGGCGGCUGCAGUAGGCGUCACCUCCACGUCAUUUUCUUCUGCUUCUGGUGAAUUGUAGAUUGGAUGUUGGGGGUUGUAGUUAUCCGCCACCACUGCUAUAUCUAUAUAUAAUAGUAGAGAAGCCACCGACUCCCUGACUGGCGGCUCCGGUCUCCACUGAUCUGUUCUAUUCUGUAUCACUGAGAUCUCUGAUUAAAAGGCUUCUGACAACUGA